AUGCAGCCGGCAUCAGAGACAAAGCACAUCAAACUUCUCGAGUAUACACUCGGUGGUCGAAAUUUUACUCUCCGACAACGCGAUGAGCAUGGGCAAUCCAACGGCACUACCUUGUGGCUCGGUGGACAGGUCUUGUGCUAUUACUUGGCUUCCAUACUGGAAAAAGAGACGGAUACGAGUAAUAAGAAUGAUGGGACAGCGAAGAGGAGACGCGUGAUCGAAUUAGGGAGCGGCGUCGGGCUCACAGCACUCGCACUUUAUUCGAUGGGAUGGGAUGUUUGCGCGACGGAUAUCGAGCCUGUGAUCUCCACAGUUCUACGACCAAAUGUUCUUGCCAAUGUGGACAUGACAAACAUAGGAUCCGCCAACGAGGCUACUAUCGAGUGCAAAGAGCUCGACUGGAGCGUGCCCCUGAGAGAUUCCAGUCAACCUACAGACUUGGAGAGAGAGAUGAAUUCUAUGGACGGUACUCGACGGCAACUCGGCCCACCGUUUGACCUCAUCGUCACGGCGGAUACCCUUUACACGCCCUCCCUCGUAGAGCCACUACUACGCAGUCUGCAUCACCUAGCGUUGGCUUCAAUGCCCUCAAAUGAACGCAGUGACAAGACGGGGCCUUCAGGAAAGCUAAAGACGCAGCUCUCUUGCCCAAUCUUCGUCGCCGUCGAACGGCGUGAUCCGCAGCUUAUGGAUAGCACGUUCGAGGCGUGUAGUCGUGUCUGGGGAUUCAAGAUUGAGCGCAUACGCUCUAUCAAGAUACGCAAGUCUCUAGAAAAGGCUGGCCUAUCCUGGGAGAGGGAUGCAGAGGGGGCGUCAGCUUGGGAUGGUGUUGAGAUAUGGAAGAUGCGCCUACCAGGUUCUGCUCUUGGAUUAUCUUGA